AUGAAACAAAAACGUAAUAGUUCAGGAGAGACCCUUCUAGCAGAACUUCGACAACCACAAAAUAUCAACAGCAACGAAGAAUUUGCAGAGGGUUUGGAUGAAAUAAAUCUCGACCAAGGGGAUGCUGGAUCUUUGGGUAUAGACAUGACGAAUGAGCGUGAUACAGUGACUGCACUCACUAAAAAAGAUCAUAACGACCCUUUAGUUGUGAAUGUCAAAGACACUUCUACCGGAGAAAUUACAGCUCGCAAAAUGAGUGCCAUUCAAGUUUGGUAUUUGAAAAAAGAAGAAAAAGUCAUGAUGGAACUUGAUGGCCAUGGACAAGGUCGAGAUAAUGGCGCAAAUUUAUUGGUACGGUUUCUGGGUUUAAUGGCCCGUAGAGCAACGCUGUGUCCAAUUUCAAUUCAAAGAUGGGAUCAGAUGCCUGAAGACAACACAAAAAAGCAGUGGAACUAUAUUGAAGAAAACUUUGAGUUUGAUUAUGCUGCUGGCAUUAAAUGGGCACUAAGGACAUUGGGUGAUCGAUGGAAAGCCUACAAAUAUUCGUUACGGAAUAUUUAUUUUUAUCCUAAUAAAACAAAAGAAGAAAUUCUAGCAACUAAGAUUGAUUCAGAUAUACCUCCUAUUGAAUGGGCGGCUUUUGUGCAUCACUACACAAAUCCUAAGACAAAGAAACAGUGCUUGCAAAAUAGAAAAAAUCGAGAGAAGCUUCAAGUAUCACAUGCUGGUGGUAGUAAAAGCAAUGCUAGAAGAGCAAAUGAAAUGGAAAAAAAGUUAGGAAGACCUGUAUGUCGGAGUGAAGUUAUUUUGUCGACUCUGGUGAAGAAGAAUGGAAAUUAUGUAAAUGGUGGGCACAAUUUAGCGGAGCAAAUAUUAGAGCAUUUGCCUGAAGAUCAAGAACGUGCUGCUGCUGAAGGAGUACCUUCGAAAGUGUUAGCUCAUCCUAAUGAUGCAAUUGGAAAGGUCUUUGGUGCUGAAAAUGUAGGGCGUGUGCGAGGUUUUAGUAGUGCUGUAUGUCCAGUAGGUUUUGGCAAGUCUAAGCGUAUUUUUGGAUUUACAACCGGAGGAGUCUCCAGCAACGUAUCUCAGCAGCAUGUGUUAAAUUUAGAGAAGCAGGUUGAAACAUUAGAAAAAAAGUUAGACGGAUAUGAAGAAACCAAAAUUCAAUUGGCAGCUCUGCACAAAUUUUUAUCAUCAAAAUAUGGCGAUGAAGUACCUAAUAUGUCUGGUGAUAUGUCAGACAUUUAG